AUGAAAGUCAUCACCGCCAACUUUGUCACCUGCUCCGUCAAGGACUGCAAGACCUCAGCAGCCUCUUUUCCUCUUCACUUUCACGACGCUGAACUUGAGCAAUUAGAAGUGGACCUUCAGCCGGAAUUUAUUCGGAAUAUUCUUCCCCGCAUCGAUUGGGAGAGUCUACGAAUCACAGCUACAGAGCUUGGCUUCCCUGCCCUCCCCGAAACAAAACCCGAGGGCGAUGCAUUGAACGACGAACAGACACUCAAGGAUCUCCACCGUCUUCUUCUAGAAACGUCAGUCGUGGAGGGUAAAUUGGUGUGUGGGAAUUGCGGACAUCAGUACGUGAUCAAGGAGGGAAUUGCCAAUUUCCUAUUGCCGAGUCACUUGGUGUGA